UGAUGACGUUUAGGCUGAAGCCAUUGAGCGAUGUGGCUAACGUUAGUUAACAGGAUGAAUUUGCUAUAAUACACGUCAAAUUUAGGAAACAGCUUCAGGAUACAAGCGGGAGAUAAGUAGGAUAGAGGCAAGAUGUUGGAGUCCUAUGUCACACCGCUCCUGAUGAGCUAUGUGAACAAGUACAUCAAGAAUCUGAAGCCAUCUGACUUGCAGCUGUCUCUCUGGGGAGGAGAUGUGGUGCUCAGCAAGUUGGACCUGAAGCUGGAUGUGCUGGAGCAGGAGCUGAAGCUGCCCUUUACAUUCAUGAGUGGUCACAUCCAUGAGCUGCGUAUCCAUGUACCCUGGACCAAGCUAGGCUCGGAGCCCGUAGUCAUCACCAUCAACACCAUGGAGUGCAUCCUCAAGUUGAGGGAUGGAGCACAGGAUGACCACGAGAGCGGCUCUAGCUCUACCAGUCGCAGUGUCUCAGACAGCUCCAAGGCCGUGGCCAAGCCCCGCCGCCUCCAGCAGGCUGCCCCCAGCGACCCGGACCUGCCCCCAGGUUACGUGCAGAGCCUGAUCAGGCGUGUGGUGAACAACGUGAACAUUGUAGUGAACAACCUGAUCCUCAAGUACGUGGAAGAUGACAUUGUGCUGUCAGUCAACAUUACCUCAGCAGAGUGCUACACUGUGGACGAUAUAUGGGAGAGGGCCUUCAUGGACAUCACUGCUCCGGAGUUGGUCCUAAGGAAAAUGAUCAACUUUGCUGACUGUACUGUGUGCUUGGACAAGCGGAAUGCCAGUGGCAAGAUCGAGUUUUACCAAGACCCCCUGCUGUACAAAUGCUCCUUCAGGACACGUCUCCAUUUUACCUAUGACAACAUCAAUUCCAAGAUCCCAUCUGUCAUCAAAAUCCAGACCAUGGUGGAGAGCCUGAAGUUGUCCAUUACUGAUCAGCAGCUGCCCAUGUUUAUCCGCAUUUUAGAGCUGAUUAUUGCCCUCUACUAUGGAGAGAUCGGAGGACACAAAGAGGGCGAUGGGGAAGAGGGCAGUGUUCAUGUCAGGGAGGCUGGAGCAAUUUUACCUGGGAUGGAUGUAGAUAUGGAAAGCCAGGGUACCAGCCAGUACCCCAGCCCAGACCUCUACAUGCAGUCAGGGAGUCCUGAAGAGGGAGACCAGGGAUGGGUGUCCUGGGCUUGGUCCUUUGUCCCAGCCAUUGUAGGCGCAGAGGAGGAAUUUGAGGAAGGACUCUACCAGCAGAGAGAGACAGGAGGCAUCCCCACCAACCCACAACAACACACACCCAAGGACCCCAUUGUUUCCAUAGGCUUCUACUGCACUAAAGCUUCUGUUACCUUCAAGCUUACAGAAACCCAGUCAGAGAGCAGCUACUAUAGUCCUCAGAAGGUCAAGUCCAGAGAGGUCCUAUGCCUGGAGCAAGAGGGAAUCACUAUUGAGGUGCUGAUGAUGGGGGAGCCCUUCUUCGAUUGUCAGAUUGGCUUUGUGGGUUGCCGGGCGCUCUGCCUGAAAGGCAUCAUGGGAGUCCGGGAUUUUGAAGAAAACAUGAACCGACGUGAGGAGGACGCAGUGUUCUUCAGCUGUGGGGACAGCCUAAGCAGUAAAGGAAUGACCUACCUUACCAACUCUCUCUUUGACUACCGCAGUCCAGAGAACAACGGAGUCAGGGCUGAGUUCAUCCUGGAUGCUGCUAAUCACAAGGAGACCUAUACAGAGAUAGCAGGCAUGCAGCGCUUUGGUGCUUUUUACAUGGAUUAUCUCUACACAAUGGAGAACAGCAGCGGCAAAGGCUCUCAGGACUCGCUGGUGAGUAUGGAGGAAGCUGUGCCCACUCUUCAAGAGACAUCCAUCAAGCGGCUGGUGGUAGGACCUCUGGAUGUCAGGCUGCACAGCAGCGCUGUUCACCGCAUCCUGAAGAUGGUCACCUGUGCCAUGGACCAUGAGUACGAACCCUACUGCAAACCACAGAGAGAAAUGGUUGAAGAGAGCCAUGGUCCAGCUACUCCAGAAGAGAUAUCAAACUUGGAGGAAUUCAUCCCAACCAGACUCACGUGUCUCAGUCUGCUCCAAGUCUCAGUGACCAUCUCCAUGGCGGAGUUCAACCUCCUUCACACACUAAUGCCUGUCAUCAUGGGAUGCAAGACUGCACCUGGGCCAGUCAACAUGCCAGUGUUUCAGCCAGUGUGCCCACUACCUUCUGUGCAGUUCCAGGUGGAAAGGGUGAAUGUCGAACACUCUGUGCCCAUGUAUGCUCCAGAGCUGGUCAGCACUGUCAGCAGUCUCAGCCAACCUUCUGACAACCUGCUACAUCACUGCUAUUCACACUUCUACCUCAAGGUGUUUGGGUUCCAGGCAGGCUUGACAUGCCAGGACACCACAGGGGGUUUCUUGCCUCUCAUCCCCAUCAUCCCUUCCUUCAGCACUGCACUCUAUGGGAAGCUGAUCCAGAUGCCUGCAUACUGGAGUAAAAGGAAUUCGGUCCCCACCACAGAGUGUAUUUUUGAGCUUCCCCACUUCACUGUCCAGGCCACAAGGGCCCAGACGCUUCUGCUCCAAGCAAUCUGUCAGAGCUGGACCCACAGCCUGGUCAAUGGAGCCCCGUUGACACUCAGCGAAAGCUUGCUCCGUGAGGUGUACAAAGCUCCAGGUGUGAAGUCUCCGGGCCCGUCACCGACUCUCGAGGGCUCGGUCCAAAACGUGGAGCUGAAGUUCUGCAGCCGUGCGACGGUGAAAUGUGCCUCAGGAACCGUGGGAGCUGUAAAAGUGUGCGCCAGGACCCCAGGUUCAGGAGAGGGGGUUAAGGAGAAGCUGGUUCCUCUGAUUCAGGGCCCAUCUGACACCAAAGAACUCCAUAUGAGCCGCUGGCUCAAUGAGAUUCGCAAGCCCGAAUCUCUGCUGGCUCCUGAUCUGCUGGCGUUUUCCGUUCAGGUCCCUCAGCGGGAAGAUGAUUGCAGGAACUCAGGCGCAGUCCUGCUGGUCAGUGUUCAGGGUAUAGCUGUCAACGUGGACCCGGUUUUCUGUACAUGGCUGUUGUACCAACCUCACAGAGGAAGCAGCAGGCAACAGCAACAGACUCCAGGUUCAGGUCCUCUGGCCAAGAGGAGAGAGGACGAGGUGUCAGUAGGCAGCACACCACUGGCCAAACAGCCCUCCAAUCAGGCCUCAGACUAUGCCAGCAGCCCGGUCAAAACUAAGACAGUGACAGAAUCACGUCCCCUGUCCAUUCCAAUGAAGGUGAUGCCCGACACCACAGCAGUGGAGUCAUGGACAGCCUCAGAGGAGAGAAUGAAGGAGCUCAUCGCCCAGGCCUGGGAUGCUGUUAAACGCCUUACUCUACAGUUGGAGCUGCAGUCAUGCUGUGUGUUCCUGCCUAAUGACAGCCUCCCUUCCCCGAGCACCAUCAUCUGCGGUGACAUUCCCGGCACCGUCCGUAGCUGGUACCACAACCAGGCCUCCAUGCCUGGGACUCUGGUAGUCUGCCUGCCACAGAUCAGUGUCCUUAGUGCUGGGCACAAGUACAUGGAACCACUGCAGGAGCUCCCCUUUGUGGUCUCCAAGCCCAUCUUGGAGGAAGGUGAUGCCUUCCCCUGGACAGUAAGCCUGAGUCAGUUCAGCGUGUACACAUUACUGGGACAGCAGCGAAGCCUGAGCCUGUUGGAGCCUAUGGGCUGCACCUCCACACUGGCCGUCACAUCCCAUAAGCUGCAGAGCUGUUCUGAAGGAAGACACUCCUUUGUAGUCUGCCUCCAUGUUGAUCUGCAGCCCGUCCACGUCAAGUGCUCCAACCCUCAGGUUCAGCUAUUGUACGAGCUCCUCCUCAACUGGAGCUCUACGUGGGCUCGUCUCCAGAGGCACGGCAUCCUGCGUCAGACCUCUAGCAUUCCAGAACCCCCUGCUGGUGCUGCCCCAUCAUCCCCAGUGCGCAGUAGUGCUGGCACUGCCCUACCAGACACCAGCACCUGCAGCCCGUCUGCAGAUUUUGGCUCCCCCACUGAGGGGGACUCUGUGCCUGCUGGAGACGAUGGUCCGUUUGCUGACACAGUGACUCUGGAACAGAAAACUAGCAGCAUUGGUGGCACCAGCGGGAAAGUCAGCCUUUGGAUGCAGUGGAUGUUACCCAAGGUCACAGUAAAACUGUUUGCUCCUGACCCAACAGCCAAAAAGACAGAGAUCUGUGUCAUCAGUGAACUAGAAGAUCUGAGUGCCUCAGUAGAUGUCCAGGAUGUUUACACAAAGAUCAAAUGUAAAGUUGGCAGCUUCAACAUUGACCACCACAGAUGCAGUACGGAGGAGGGUGUGCGGAGCUCGGGCAGCUGUGGAGGAGUGGUCCUUUCUUGCACUGACAAGCUGAACAGACGCACUGUGUUGGUUCGACCCGUCAGCAAGCAAGAAUCUUUCAGCCACUUUUCUGGCUUUUUCCCUCCUACGGCAGCCAAGGUCCUGGAGGGCUCUCACCAGCAGCACGGCUUCCUGUCGAUCACAUACACUCAAGCUGUCACCAAAAAUGUCCGUCAUAAGCUCACCACCCGUCCUGAGCGGCCAACACGCAGCAGUGCUACCACCUCCAGCCAGCGGUUGACCGCUGAUCCUCUGGCAGACAGCUCUCCUCAGUACCUGAGAGAAAUCCUGCUGACAGCCCAGCCCUUUGAUGUGGUGCUGUCCUGUCCCUUAUUGGCGACUGUGGCAGGGGUUUUCCAGGCUACAGUACCAAGACGGUACAGAGAGCGUGGGAAGUCAGCAGGUCAACCAAUGAGAAGCCACACUCUGACCUCUCGAAAUUUGCCUCUCAUGUACAUCAACACCAGUGUGAUCAGGGUCUUCUGCCCUGGGGCACAGGACAAACAUACAGCAUCAGAUCCCCAAGUGAAAAAAGAAGACACCCUGGUUUUAAAGCUGGGUUCCCUCAGCAUGGCUCCUCAGGCUGAUAACCCACUGACACGCACUGUGCUGCGAAAAGACAUCUACCAACGUGCGUUGCACCUGGGCAUCCUGCGUGACCCGGGCUCAGAGGUAGAGGACCGGCAGUAUCAGGUCGAUCUCCAGUCCAUCAACAUUGGAACGGCUCAGUGGGAGCAACUCAAGCCAGAGAAGGAGGGAACCAAAGGAGGUGUGUCCACGGAGAGUGAGAGGAGCUCCCAGAACCCAGCCCUGGAGUGGAACAUGGCCAGCAGUAUCAGGAGGCACCAGGAGCGACGCGCCAUCCUGACACCAAUCCUGACUGACUUUUCUGUUCGGGUCACUGCUGCCCCAGCCAUCAUCUUCAGCAAGAAUCUAUCCCCUGACUGUGGACAGGCAGAGGAGGUGGUGGUGUGUGGCCACUCUCUGGAGGUAAAUGUGACCAGCAGUCUGGAUUUCUACCUCAGCGUUGCCCAGGUGCAGCUCCUUCAGCAGCUUCUCAGAGAAAACAUGGUGGGAAUGGAGGCUCCUGAGAAAAGUGCUGAGGUGCGUCGAUACGAGAAGAAGCAUGGCAGUCGAGACCCUGCGGCAGGCGUCGACUCCUCAUCACGUCACAGUGGGACUGGGCAGGACAGCGGCUUCGGCAGUGACAGUGCUCACAUUCGCAUUGUCCAAAUAGAGCAGCAAAGCGGGGCCAGCCACCACUGCAUCGCUAGGCCCUCCCACAAGUCCACCAUCACCAAGAACCUUAACUUCAUCCCUUUCGACAUCUUUCUCACAGCUAGUAGGAUGUCUGUCAUGACCUAUGCUUGCUCCAGUCCCCCAAAGGCCCUUCCCUCAUCGUCGGACACCCCCAGCACACCCGAGAAGAAGGAGCCAGGGGAUAAGAUGGGAAAGAGUGCCCUCAACCAGCCUGAGAUCCUGCCUGAGUCUCCUCCGACCUCGGCCUCCCCUACUCCAGACCCUGCUCCAGCUGCCCAGGGUUCCCUUGCUGGCCUAACAGCUGAGGACAUCCUCAACAGCAACAACUCCCAGCCGGCCUCUCCCCUCCUGAAAGGCAGCCUGCUAUCCCUGGGUGGCCUGCCAACUCCCAGCCGCUCCUCAGCCCGCCAAGCACUGGGUGUGACCAUAGUGAGGCAGCCAGGGAGAAGAGGGACUGGGGACCAGGUGCUGGAACCCCUCCUGUACAUCCAGGUGAUGCAACCUUCGGCUCUGCUCAGCUGCCACCACCGCAAGCAGAGGAUGGAGCUUUCUGUGUUUGACGUGGCCUUGAGAGGAGUAGCUUCUGACUACAAGUGCCUAGACCCAGGAAAGACUCUGCCAGAGUCACUGGACUACAAUGUGUUUUGGCUGCAGACAGUAGCUGGAGAGGUAGACAGUAAAACGGGCAUCCCUCCCCCUCUGCUCUGCCUCCAGAUCAAAGAUUUCCUCAAUGGACCCGCUGAGUUAAAUGUGGAGCUAUCACGCCCUUUGAAAAUCAACCCCACACUGGCGAAGCUGGAGCAGGCCAAAGCUUACCUGCAGAAAGUCCUACCAAACUACACUUGGGAUACCUCCAGUAAACCACCCUCUGCUUCCUCCACCCCUCACACCUCCCCUACAAAGACACCACCCAGAGCAUGUCCUCCUCGUUCAGAGCCUCACCAUCAAGCCUCGGCCUUGGGUAAAGCCAGCAGCAUCAGGGUCCUGGCGCUGUCCUUCCACAAGGUCUCUCUCCACACUGACCAGAUUGUAGUUGUCAUGGAGACAGAGGCCCAUCCAAUGAGGCCCAGCGUGACAGUAACAGUGUCGUCCAUGACAGGAAGUCUGAACAUGAAGUCGGGUCCUAGAAUAGAGGAUGCAGUUCAGGCUGCGUCUAUGCAGCUGGAGCUGCAAGAUGUGUUGGUGAGAACAGGGCUAAAGGACCGGAACCGCCUCCUGCUGGGGCCGUUCUCCUGCAGCACCUCCCUGGAGGCUCGGUGGUGUCGGCACAGCGGUAGCCCUGGACAUGAGCCUGGCCCCCCUAAACUGCUGCUGGACCUGAAGGGAGGCCUGCUGCAGGUCUUCUGGGGCCAGGAACAUCUGAUCUGCCUGAAGCUGGUGGAGGAGCACCUACAGGUGUACCUAAACCUCCAGAAAGCAUCAGAUUCAGCUGAUAGCUGUUCCAAGGGAAAGACCUGCCACAUCCAGCCACCUCCCUCUCCGGGCUCUCCCUCUCCUCGGACAGAGCACAGCUCCGAUGAUCUGCGUACAGGGCAUUUUCAAUACAUUCAGGACUCAGCGUCCCAGAAACUGCCAGGACCCCAUGAGGUGGUGUUCUACAGCGAGACGGAGGACAGCCCAGGGGUGAUGCUGUGGAGGUACCCUGAACCCCGCGUCCUUACCUUUGUCAGGAUAACGCCUGUCCCUUUCAACACCACAGAGGACCCUGAGAUCAGCACUGCCGACCUGGGGGACGCCCUGCAGGUACCAUGCAGCCUAGAGUACUGGGACGAGCUCCAGCAGGCCUUUGUUCCGUACCGAGAGUUCAGCCUUUCAGAGAGCAGUGCCUGCCAGCUGCAGCUGCCCAGCCUCAGCCUCACCGACCAGCAGAAGGAGCUGGUGGCCUCAGACCUGUGGAGGAUAGUACUGAAUAAUAAUGGAGAGGGAGGAGAUGAGCAGAGUUCGGACAGUGAGUGUGGGUCCCAGCUGCCCUGUGAUCAGUUAGUAUCUCCAAUUGCUUUGGCAGCCUGCACCCGUGUGGACUCCUGCUUUGCACCCUGGUUUGUCCCCUCCUUGGGUGUGUCCAUUCAACUAGCACAGCUCGACAUUCACCUCUGCCACCAUCUAGAACAGCUGGGCACAGUUCCAGCUCGUCAACUUCGUCCCUUCUUGCCAGACAGGAAGUUACCUCAUGAGCAGGAGUUCAUGGUUAUUGGUGCUCGGGAGCCGCGGGUCUUCCUGCGCCAGUGGAGCAAUGGACCACGUCAGUGUCAGGAGUUCAGCUUUUCGUCCCAGCUAGACUGCAAGCUGCUGGAGUACCGAAACCUAACACACCUUCAGCUUCUCCAGCCUUGUGGACUGCAGGGCCAGGCUGUGGCCACCUGCUGCCCCCAGAACACCACUUUGGAUGUGAAUGUGUUUGUGGACCCGGUGUUUCUCAAUAUCAGCCAGUAUGCCAUUCAUACUGUGGACACCGCUCUGCACAGCUGGCAACAGAGUGGGAACCCAGAGGCUGAGGAGCUGGUCUACAGCCACUACGUGAUCUGUAACGAUACCCACGAGACGCUGCGCUUUGGCCAGGUGGACACAGAUGAGAAUGUGCUGCUGGCCAGCCUCCACAGCCACCAGUACAGCUGGAGAUCCCACAAGUCCCCACAGCUGCUGCACAUCUGCAUCGAGGGAUGGGGAAACUGGCGCUGGUCAGAGGCCUUCAGCGUGGACAACGUAGGAACUCUGCUGAGGACCAUUCAGUACAAAGGACGCACAGCUUCACUCAUCAUCAAGGUGGUGCAGCUCAACGGUGUCCAGAAACAGGUAAUAAUCUGUGGACGGCAGGUGAUGUGCAGCUACCUGACUCAGGACAUUGAGCUGAGGGUGGUGCAGCACUACGUGGGGCCCGACAGUCAGACGGUGGUCAGGGAAUACUGUGACUGCCUGGAAGCAGGGGCCAAGUUACCAUCGUAUGUGCUGGAGGAUGCUGAGAUGACAGAGUUGUGUGUGAGGGCCAGAGGAGAUGAAGACUGGUCCCAGGAUGUUCAGCUGGAGAGGAGGGAAAAGGGAAACAGCAGCUCUGUGGUACAGGUGCCAUGCUCCAGUGGUUCUUUGCUCUAUGUUUGGUGUACACUUAUGACAAUUGAGUCUGACUCUCACAUGCAGCAGAGAGUGGUGGUUUUCAGUCCACUGUUUGUCAUGAGGAGCCACUUGCCAGAUCCAGUAAUCAUCCACAUAGAGAAAAGGAGUCUAGGAGUGAGAGAGAGCCAGCUGAUACAUGGCCAGGGCCAGCAGGAGCCCCUGUUAAACACUGAGUCCGACCUCACCCACCACCUCACUUUUCAGGCCAGGGAGGAUGAAGAUCCAUCCCACUGUGCUGUACCAAUCUCCUCCAGCCUAAUCAAGCAGAUCGUGAACAAGAAUGGAAACGAGGACAAUCUGGAACACAUCCUGGCUGACUUCUAUGGUCCGAAGACAUCCACUGGGUCACCAUGGCCCUAUGUCACCAAUGAUACUGACAGGUCAGUGCUGGAGCCCAUUGCCCAGUGGGACAGUCCCAUGCAGGUUAAGUUAUCCUGCUGGAAGUCCGGUCUCAACACUCUGCUGGUAGAGUUGUUGCCCUGGGCCCUGCUGGCCAACCACUCCCAAUGGGACCUCUGGCUUUUUGAGGGGGAGACCAUCGUACUGCAGAUACCAGCCGGCAAGGUCAUUGUACCACCCAACUUUAAGGAAGCAUUCCAGAUUGGUAUCUACUGGGCCCACACUAACACCGUCCACAAAUCUACAGCACUCAAACUGGUCCAUGACCUGACUUCUCCUCGAUGGAAGGAGGGAUCAGGCUCAGAGGUGGUCACCCUGGAUGAGGAGGGAUAUGUAGAGGCCGACAUCACCCUGGGAGCCUUCCCUGGCAGACAGAAACUGUGUCAGUUCUGCGUGUCAUCUGUGGUGAGACAUGGCAUCCAGAUCCUGCGGAUAGAAGACAGAACAAUUCUUGUCAACAACACUCCUUACACAAUUCAGUACAGGCCUCUGCUGACGGACCACGCACUGGGAACUGAUGACCAGGCCUGUGAGAUACCAGAGACAGCACCGUUCACCCUGCCUCCCUCUGAUGAAUCAUCCCCAGCCAAGCCCUGCUCUGUGCCAUGCUGGGACCUCCUCCAAACCAGUGUCCAGGGAACAGUGGAGUUCCCUCUGCCGCUCAAGCACAUGCUGUUCAGCUUAUUUCCCAGGCAUGAUGCUGGACUUGGAUCUGCUGCAUGGAGCCUCCCCGCUCCCAUCCGACCAGACUUCCCCAGGCAGAGUUUGUCAGUUCCUGAGGAACCGGACUCUGGGGGUGGCCUUAGCAGUAGAGGCAUAGUACUAACAUAUCAGGAACACCUUGGGGUGACAUACAUCAUCUUGAAUGAGGACCCCUGUCCUCGGAUGCUGAUCCACAACAAGUGUCCUAUCCCACUGCUGCUAAAGGAAACUACCAAAGAAACUCCAAGGACUGAGGUUUACUGCCGUCCUCUGCCUGCUAAUUGCUCCCUGCACCAUGAGCUCUACCACCACUUUUCCAGUUUCCCUGAGUGCAGGCAGAAAGAUAUGCUACCCUCACUGCUGUUGAAAAACACUUCAGACCACAGCACCACCGACUGGACUGACCCCAUAGAUAUCAACUCCCCCGGCACUCAGGUGGUGUUCCUGCCAGGUUUUGGCUGCCUCUACAUAGACGUGGUGUAUGAGAAAGGCACCCUGGUUCUGUGUCUGGCACCAGAGGGCAGCGUGGAUGCUGUGAUCAACCAGCACAGCAGGUCCUCUAAGCUGUCCUGUAGAGUCCUCCUCAGUGAAGCCAGUGUGGUGUUGAGUGAUGACAUCACCAAUCCCUCUGGAUCGGUGGAGCUGCUCAGACUCACGCUGACCAAGCUGCUCGUCAGCUUGGCUCCAGUACCCACCUCCCUGCCCCCAGAGCUGGCAGUUGACCCUGGCAGGGACGCAGCACCCAUCUCUGCUCUGAUGCCUGACGCCUCUUUGAUCGAGGUCUAUUGCUCCAGCCUGCAAGUAGACAACCAGCUGUAUAACCGAGCAAGUUUCCACUUCCCCGUGCUGCUGUGCCAGGAUCAGCGAGGAGGAGCUGAGCCUGCGGGUCAGUGGAGCAGUGAUGCCAACCCCACUGAGUCCCCUGAAGCCCUGGAGGAGUUCAAACGCUCUUGUUUCCUGCAGCUGAGGAUGACUCUGGCUGGAGACAGAUGCACUAUGGAGGAGAUCACCUUCCAGCUCCAACCUGCCAGAGUUUACCUCGAAGACACCUUUGUUUACUACAUUAAGACGUUGUUCAACACCUACAUCCCUGACAGUGCCAUGUCCUCAGCCACAGCAGAGACCCAGAGGAGGAGAGAGUCUGGAUCAGCCCCCAUCCUGCCUGAACAGGUGCUUCAGUCAGUGCAGGCGUUGGUCUACCCUGUGCGGCUGCAGAGGCUGACCAUCCAGCCAGUCAACCUGUUGGUCAGCAUCCAUGCCUCCCUAAAGUUGUACAUCGCUUCAGACCACACACCCCUCUCAUUCUCCCUGUUUGAGAGAGGGCCACUGUGCACCACGGCCAGGCAGCUCGUCCAUGCUCUGGCCAUGCACUAUGCUGCUGGUGCCCUCUUCAGAGCUGGUUGGGUGGUGGGAUCUUUGGAGAUCUUGGGCAGUCCUGCCAGCCUGGUGCGGAGCAUCGGGAACGGCGUGUCCGACUUCUUUCGGCUGCCAUAUGAGGGUCUGACACGUGGACCUGGAGCCUUUGUCAGCGGGGUGUCCAGAGGAACCACCUCCUUCGUCAAGCAUAUCUCAAAAGGCACGCUGACGUCCAUCACCAACUUAGCGACGAGUCUGGCCAGGAACAUGGACCGCUUGUCUCUGGAUGAAGAGCACUACACCAGGCAGGAGGAGUGGAGACGCCAGCUACCAGAGAGCCUCGGGGACGGACUGAGGCAGGGGCUGUCACGACUCGGCAUUAGCUUGUUAGGAGCAAUAGCAGGCAUCGUGGACCAGCCCAUGCAGAACUUCCAGAGGAACUGGGAGAUGCAGAGCUCAGCUGGUAGCAAGGCCAAAGGGGUCAUCUCUGGAGUGGGGAAAGGCAUUGUGGGGGUUUUCACCAAGCCCAUCGGAGGAGCAGCUGAACUGGUGUCCCAGACUGGAUACGGGAUCCUUCAUGGAGCAGGACUGUGGCAGCUUCCUAAACAACUGUACCUGCCUACAGAGGAGAAAUCUGCUCAGGCCCCAAACAGCCACCUGAAAUAUGUCUGGAAGAUGCUCCAGUCUCUGGGGCGGCCAGAGCUCCACAUGGCCCUGGAGGUGACUAUUGUGAGUGGGUCAGGUCAGGAGCAUGCUGGCUGUCUGCUCCUUACCUCUGAGGUGCUGUUUGUGGUCAGCCUCAGUGAGGACACCCAGCAGCAGGCCUUCCCCAUCACAGAGGUGGAGUGUCAGCAGGAGCCAGGACAGCAGGGCCAGCUCAUCCUCACCUUACAGCAGCAGACAGUAGCCAGCGACACAGAGGGUGACGGUGUCCGUGAGCGUCUGUCGGAGCAGCAGUAUCGGCGGUUGGUGGAUUACGUGAUACGAGCCUCCCAGUUUCUUUCCCCCUCCGCCGCUUCUCUCCAACUGCAGCCCCCAGUGACGCUCGCCGAGCCCCCUCCCUCUGUCACCAAGUCUUACUGCUACCUGGUGGAUCCCGCCUUCGCCAAGGUGUUUGUCAGCAAAUUCACCAUGGUCAAGAACAAAGCCUUACGCAUCGGAUUCCACUAAUACACAGUAACACAUGGAUUUAUGCUACAAAAACAAGAUCAGACCUUUUGUUCCAGUAUAAAUUAAGCCUUAAGAAAAACACACUGUACUUUGGCUCUGAAAAGAUACGGCCCAUUUAUGCAAAACAUAUCUGCUGAGGUAAAAUAAUUUAUUUUAUUAAAGUAAGGUCAUUCAUGCCUUAGGGAUGUAGAGAAUUCUUAGAUAUUGCCUUUGAUAGAUGUAUUUUUUACUGAUGCACAAACAGACUCGUCACAAAGCCACAGAGAAAAUCAGAUGGAGUAGAAUCAGUUUUAAUCAUAGAAACACAUGUAGGUUAAGACAUUUCUUCUGCUUAGACAUUUCACUGAGCACAUAUUAUUAUAGUGAACACUAAAACAAAUGAGAGUUUAAACCUUCUUGGACCAACAGUGUUCAACUUAACAGGGCUCAUUCAGUCGGUGUGAAACCUCGUCAGUGUUGCAGAUAGAAAUGCACAACACACAACUAAUCUGUUCCAUUUCUAUCAUAACAGUGUGUAAUGUUUCACUCUGCACAGUGAGCUUAGUGUUUACAUUCUCCAUGUAGUGACUACGUCUCAUGCCAAUGUUAAGUGCAAUAUUAUAUACGCGUUGAUGGACAUUAGUGAUACAGGCUGUCAACCAAAAUGUUUUUAUAGAUGAUGUAACACUUGUUUUGACAAUAACACUGUUCUUUGUAACCUUAUGUGGAUGCCAACCCCUCAUGAUGCAAACAUGUUGUUAUUGUUGCCUUUUAUAUUGCUGUCCCUCUAAGCUCUGUAUAUGGUUUAAGUCUAAUGCCUUCAAUGUAUGUAAAUGGAUAAUAUAUUAAUAGAGAAACAUUUUAAUAAAAACAUUAAAAAUGA